AUGACUGCUUUAUCAAGUGAAUCUAUUUUGGACCGGAAACGGAAGCUGAAAUUGGAAAUAACCAAAAACGAACGGUCAUUUUGUUUUUCUUUCUUUAUUUUGUGGAUUAUUUUCAUUUCCUCUCGCUAUUCUAUUUCGGUUUUUUUUUUCUUUUCUUCUAUUUCCUUUCUUCGCACCCUCCACUUUUCACAUUUUCCUUUCUAUUCAUAUUCUUCUUUUCCUCCCACCAUUCUCUCUUUGUCUUUUCCUUUCUAUUCAUAUUCUUCUUUUCCUCCCACCAUUCUCUCUUUGUCUUUCCCAUUCGAUUCUUCUUUUUCUUCUCGGAACCUUCUCUUUUCGCCUUCUCCUUUCGGUUCUUUUUCCUUUGUUCGCGGCAUUCUUUUUAUGCCAUUUCCUUUUUAUUCUUCUUUUACUUUUCCUCGCACCCUAUACUUUUCGCCUUUUCCUGUAUAUUCUGAUUUUUCUCUUUCUCACGCACUUAGUUUUCGCCUUUUCUUUUUUAUUCUUAUUUUCGUUACGGCGCAUCUUUCUCUUUUCGUUUUUUCCUUGCUAUUCUUUUUCGUUUCUUCGCGCCAUUCUCUUUUCGCCUUUGCCUUUCUAUUUUUCUUUUUCGUUUCUUCCCGCGCUUCUCAUUUCGCCUUAUCACUUCUAUUCAUCUAUUUUGUCUCGCAAAUUUCCCUUUUUCCACAUUUCCUUUUUAUUUUUCGUUUUCGUUUCUUCACGCCCUUCUCUUUUUGCCUUGAUCUUUCGAUUCUUCUUCAUUUCUCUUUCUUUUUUGUCUUUGUUAUUUUUAGUUUCUCUUUUUUGAUUUGUCCCUCAGAUGAAAUUAAGUAUUUUCCGUUUUCACCUGAAUGUAUCACGCGGCAAAAUUGUUGA